GGUACUUAUGGAAAAGUCAGACUUGGCGUACACCAACUGACCGGACAGAGAGUAGCCAUAAAGAAGAUCAGCAAACAGCACGCCCCAUUAAUGGCACGCGAGAUACACAAUCAUCGAUUACUCUACCACCCUAAUAUCGUCACACUUUACGAAGUGUUAAUGACCGAAUCUUCCAUCCAUAUCAUAUCCGAAUAUUGCCCAAAUGGUGAAUUAUUUGACAUGUUGACCCGAUGCGGGCGAUUUUCGGAGCGCCAGACCCAGCGUUGGUUUCUUCAACUAGUAGAUGCCGUCCUCUUUUGUCACUCACACAACAUAAUUCAUCGCGAUCUGAAACUCGAAAAUAUUCUCCUGGAUGCGGAAUACAAUGCUAAGCUUUGUGAUUUUGGGUUUGCACGACAAGCCGAAAAGAACCAAAUGCUGGGCACAUUUUGUGGAAGUCUAGCCUAUUCUGCUCCAGAGGUAAUUCGGCGUCAAAACUACACAGGUCCUGAAACGGACGUGUGGUCACUGGGUGUCAUUUUGUACACCUUGCUUGCAGGCGAGCUACCAUUUGACGAUGACAAUGAGAUUAUCAUAGAGCGUAAAAUUGUUGGUCUAGAUUAUAGCAUACCUAGCUACUUCUCUCCAGAAACCGCCGAUCUCGUCCAUCGUAUGUUAAAACUCAAGCCCUCCGAUAGAAUAUCAAUAGACAGUAUUCUCGCUCAUCCUUGGUUG